AUCUGUCCUUCAACCCAAACACUCUGUGCAUCGCAACUCGCAGAGCAUUAUACUCUCUUUCUCUCUGUAUCCACCAACUACCCCCAAACUAACACUCAAAGCUGGAGCCGUCAUCAAUGGCCAAUAGCUGGACAAAGUCCUUCUCUGCUGGCCUCGGUCAGAUCAACCUCAGCAGCGUCUCGAGCGGCGCCAGUAGGAUCGCGAAGGGCUUUAACAACUCCGUUCAGGCGACGAGGGAACGCCUUGGCCAAAUCUCUCCUGAUGACAUCACCGAGCUUCCGGCAGAGUACAAGGAACUCGAGUCCCGCGUUGAUGCUCUACGCACAACGCACCUGGCUCUGCUCAAGAUCACCCAGGCAUACGGGACUGAGACCUACGACUACCCCACGCAAAUCUCUGAGAGCGUCAGCGAGUUGAGCCAGAGCGUCGCGCACAACCUGACUGCAUUUGCGGCUACUAAUCUCAAGGGCACCAAUAUUCCUGCUCCCCACGUGACGCCUGCGGUGAAGGUCCCACCCAAGACUUUGAACCACGCUCUUUCCCGCGCAGCUGGUGUGGGUGCCGCUGUGGAGGGACCCGAUGAGCGGCUGGGGAAAGCGCUGAAGAUCUACGCCGAGGUGAACGAAAAGAUCGGAGACGCUCGCCUGCAGCAAGAUCACACUAUCCGUGAGCUCUUCCUCACCCCAUGGCAGGCGACCCUCAGCACCUCCCUCACCGUGGCGAUGAAAGCACGGGCGGCGGUGAAGCAGUCGCGUCUUGAGCUUGACGCGGCUAAGCAGGGUUACUACAGGAUGAAGAACGCUUCUCCCCAACGGCAGGAGCAAGCACGUCUUGAGGUUGAGAAUGCGGAGGACGACCUCGUCCAGAAGACCGAGGUCGCCAUCACCCUGAUGAAGACACUCUUGGAUAACCCCGAGCCACUCAAGAACCUCAAUGAGCUCGUCAAGGCCCAGCUUGUCUUCCACAGCACCGCAGCCGAAGCACUCCAAGGCAUCCAAGGCGACAUCGAAGAGCUGACCGUUGCCGCAGAAGGCGACUACCGGAAGUCGCGCGACCACUGAUCGCUCUGCUCCUCCAUCUUGCUGCUCGCCUCCUCCCAGGCGCGCCGGACGUUCUAUCAAGUUCAUGAUCCUGUAGUCCUGUCUGUGACCCAAGAGUAUCCCUUCCCAGUCGUUCGUUGACUGUUCCAUCUCCCCGUUCCCUUAUCUGCUACCGUUUUGCUCUAGUGCCUGUAUAUGACCGAACGUAUCGCUUUGCAACCCAGAGCCUAUAUUCACGAAAUGAGAUCC